UUUUAGGUUUCCAAAAAAAUCUGUAGCGACCAAGUAGCCACUUCUCAUAUACGGCUGACGAGUUCCAUCUAAAGACGAAACAUAUCAAGGGCAUUGUGCAAAUUUUCGAUGGCAUCUGUUGGCAUUAAGGUUGCUCGAAGCACAAGUAAUUUGUGUGAUAUGACAAAUAGCUACAAAAACAACUCGACUCCACGUGGAUAUUGCUUGAUCAUUAAUAAUGAAAAAUUCAAGGACCCGGAAAAAUUCCGCAAGGGAUCGCAGAAAGAUGUAGAGACUCUGCGUCAACUAUUUAAAGAUCUUGGCUAUGAGAUGUGGGAUACACAAGCAAACACAAGUAAUUUGACUGCGAAGGAAAUAAAAGAUGUUGUGCAAACGUUUGCUGCUAGUGACAAACACAAAAAUGUCGACUCGAGCAUUGUUGCCAUCUUAAGCCAUGGUGGUGCGGAAGACGUGAUAUUUGGAGCAGACGGCGAAGAGCUUUCAUUUGCUAAUGACAUUCUUCAUCGAUUCGAAGGACACAAUGCACGGGGUCUAAUGCAGAAACCCAAGUUGUUCAUUCUUCAAGCGUGUCGUGGAGGGACGGAUGUGGCUGGAGGCAAUGAUCAGCCGGAAGAGUGGAUGGGAAAGUUGGCUACAGACUCACUACCCCCUGCAGCUUCAUUCAAAACAGAAAAGGCAAAACUGUUACCAAACUUGAGUGAUUAUAUAGUAUUUCGUCCAACAACUCCAGGUGCACAAGCAAUGCGACACACAGAAACAGGCUCUUACUUUAUCAAUGUUCUGGCUGAAGUGUUUGCGGCAGAAGCAUACUGGAGUAACCUGGAUUGCCUUGCUCACAAGCUGAACACCAAAAUGUCAGCGCUAGAAGAACAAGAAGUGGUUACGAAUGCAAUUACAAGGAAGCAGAUAUCAGUGUGCGAUAAUUGUCUACAAAAAGACUUCAACUUCAAUCCACCUCCUCGAACCAAGGUUGUUGGAUGGGGCAUUACAUUGGCGUACUGGCACUGGUCUGGAUUACUGGAUUUAAUUAAGGAUGACUUAUCGAGCGAGUUGCAGGCCUGGAACAAUAAAGAGAUGGCUGGUGCCACAGUGAUGCCACAGCUCUUAAUGCUCUACUCACAGAGCUGUCGAUUAUCGGAAGAGACUACUGGGCAAAUGACAAAGCUGUUGGAGUCGGACACUGAAAAGAAGACUGUUCCCAUAACAAAGAAGAACCUGUGCGGUGUACGACAGAAAAAGUAUUCUGUUUCUCUUAAUAAACGUAGGUGUGGUGGCAAAGACUACUACAUUCCUUGUGACUAUCCCACCUGUUUGAAAGGGUUACAGCUUACAGACACCGAUCAUCAGCAGAGAAACAAUGAGCUGUAUUGGUUUCAUAUCACGCUGCAGCAAAUCCUAUCCAAGAGGUAUUCCCAAGUGAAAUGUCCCUUCGUACUAGUUCCAUUUGAUGACAAGAAACCAAAUGCUGUAGAUGCUACAGUGAAGAAAAUGGCCAAGCUAUGGCGAGAAGACAAAAUACAUGGAUUUCAACUGGAGGAUAGAGAACCGGAUUGGCUGAAAAUUUCUGCUACAUUGCUUGGUAAAAGUUUAAAAUUGGAAUUUCAAAGUUGGAUGCCUAUAGGCAUUUUGCUUGCGCAGCGAUGGGCAAACCUGUAUUUCAGAAAUUAUGGCCCAGAGUUGAAGAAAACUGUCACAAACUUCCUUAGCACGCGGCACAAGGCUAAGGUCCUUCUUGACGAUGAUGAUGACGAUGAUGAUGAUAAUAGUGGUUACAAUAUUCAUGAAACUAGUUACUCUGAAGGGGUUUACCAAGGCGAUGGUGAUACAAGAAUUGACGCUAGUAAAAUGGACUGGCAGGCAAGCAGUACCGAUUCUUUUCCGGUAAGAAAACUCCUAGUGCUGUUGCCCAGGACGUGCAAAACAUUUGAUUGUGUAUCUGACGAUGAGAAAUCAGUUGUAGCUGAGAAAGACAUGGAUCACUUUCCUGAUAGCACAAAAGGCAUAGGUCAACGUCUAGUAGGGAAAAGCACAGUUUACAAGCUAGAAAGUGCAUUUUUCCUGGCAGAGUACGCAACCCCACUGCGUUGCCUGCGCUUCAUGAUGAAGGAUGGUAUAAUAACAGAGCAGUUAAUGGAUGAUUUUUAUUGCCAGUUUUGUAGCCACUUAAACUUAUGGUUGCAAAGAUAUCGAUCAUUAAAAGAAAGUUUCAGUCUUGUGCCGUAUGAUGAUAGAGAUAUGAACCAAGCACUGUUGUGUGCUCUAACUGGGCGUCUAACGCAACAUCAACAAUAGUUCCUUAUUACAGGGAUAUGUUGAUGGUCUUUAAUCGUAUUACUGACCUGAGGGCUAUUAUAUCGCAGUAGUGUCGCUUGUAUUCAGCAAUAUUGACAUUUCACAAAUAUCUCCAGAAGUACAUUGAAGUGCCUUCCGUUAAUAAUUUGAAUAUUGGAUAAGCAAAUAGGUACAAUGCAAGUAUAUAUAAAUCAUAUAUAUAAUCAAACGUAGAUUUCGGUGGUUGACUGCUGUAUUUGAAUUGCACGGUAGAUGGACCUUAAUUUUAACAUGAUUAUGUAUUUUUUACGCGUAUGAUUUUAUGUUUGCUACAUUUGAAACAUAAAAAGUCUACAUAAAACAUCAAUGUCGUGGAUAAAAUGUGUGCUAGUCAAAUGCCUAUUUUUAUCAUUUUCUAGCAGUUUGAAAUGACUAUCGAAGUGAGUGUAAAACGUUUUAUCUAUUAAUAAGUGAAGCUCAUAACCUCAUGACCUUCAACAGGAAAUAGUACUAUGAUUUAUUUACUGUUUCAGAAAAUAAACGUAGUUCGAUUACUGUAAAAAUUAAUACGAUUAAAAAACCAAAUCCUUGUAAAAGAUUUGGUCAGAUUAUACAAUAAUUUGUAGACCCCUAUCAGCUGGUUAAAAAGCCAAAAUAUUAGACAAUACUUGUUAGAGCUUGGUCGAAUUUCUCUUAAUUAGUUGUAAUGUAUAGUAAGGGUUUAUUGAAGCUAUAACAAAACCAACCAAUAGCAAACAAAAUUGUUUGCUUUUCUUGGAUUGUUUUCAAUGUAUUGUGAUUUGCUAAUUGAUGUAUUUGGAUAUAUCAUGUAAGCAUAAGAACUCUGUGGCCGUUAUUAGAAAGAUUGUUAAUAGUUAUGACGUUAUAAGUGUAAAAUGUUAUAAGUGUCAUGACUUUUGUGUAACUUCACUUCAAAAGUUAUAGUAUUUUAUACGCAUGAUUUUAUCACUUCUUGAUCUUUCUUACACCGGCCGCAUGGUCAAUAUGUACGUGUCGUAACCUUUUAUCAGUGCCUGUAUUUUCAUCACUAUGGUGGCCGUAUAUCAUGCCUGAUGACAAUGCUUAUAUGUAAAUGAGACCAUUCUACAUUCGAUUACCUAUACACAUGGUUUUUAAGCGUUUAUUCUAUAAAAGGGUGGAAGUUUCACAUGUUCAAAAGAAGCACGUUAAAAACAUUUGUACUGGAGUAGUAGUGUGGCUAUAUUUUAUGUAAGAUAAUAUUUUAAUAAUGUUUGGUAUAUUUGAAGAAAAAACGGUCACGUUCACAAUGUUUGAAUAUUCGACGAUUCUGUUAUUUUUCAAUUGUUAAAAUGUCGAUUUUUAUGAGAAAUAUUAUAGGUACUACGGGCUUUGACCUAAUGGGACGUACGUACCAUGGUAGCAGGAGUGAAUAAUAGAGAUUCAGAGAUCUCGAGAGAUUUAGAAUAAUGGAUAUCUCUAUUAUUUACUCUUGAUGGUAGUAUUAGUGAAGAGAACCGUGCCAUUGUGUUACGCACUGCUGCUACCUGCAGACUAUACUAUAUAUAGACGGAUAUAUAUGCGACCUAUAUAGACGGAUGCAAUUAAUGUGCCAAUAUGCUCUAAGCGCUGCUGUGGACAACUACAGGGUUAUUAUUACUUGUUCAUGCGGACGUUUACCGCAUAAAACUAAUCAUGCUCGACUGUUAUUCAUUUCUCUUAAUAAACGAGUAUAUAUCACCGUUACAACUAAUAGAA